UAUAGCAGUCAUGAUUUCUUAGGAUGAAUUAUUAAUUUCUAAACUUUCUACUGUAGCUGAAAAGAAACUAAGUAAUUCAUAUCAAAUAAUUCAAAGUAAUAUCAGAAGAAAUUCAACUAAUAUACCUCAACCAGAAUUAUUUCAGGACAAUUCUCUCUCUCAACCCCACCAACCCUUUCACUCAAAAGCGUCUUACACCAAUCUCCUUUAAGUUCACUGUUCUGCUUUGUUUUUUUUUUUCCUUUUUCUUUUGCUUUGAUCAGCUCCAGUAAAACUAUGAUCUUUUUUUCUUUUUCUGUUUUGGAUAAUAAAAACUGCAGUUCUAUUAGAAUUAUAUCAAACUUCUUCAUAUAUCAAUACUUAUUAGUCUCAAUCAAUAAAGGAUUACCUGGUUUUUUGCUACCUAAUACAGGCUCCUUAGUCUCUACUUUGAUGGUACCAUUGUGGAUCUUCUUUUGUACUCUAAAAAAGUAAUACAGUUUGUUCCUUUAAGUUAUACCCAUGCUUUGCUUCAGGGUGUUGUUUCAGUUUUCACUGCUUUGUUUUUGUUAUCUUUUUCUUGCUUUGAUUGUUGGCUGCGAGAGAUGAAACAUCUUGGAGAUUGAAUCCAGUUUCUUUGGAAGUUAAAAUGGGGUUGCAAUUCACACUCCUGCUGUUGACAAUAUGUAUAACUGUCAGUGCUGUGUCAGUUGAUGGAUCAUCAGUAAGAGCUGUAUGGCCACCAAGAGGAAUGCCAACAGAAACACCAGCUGCUCAUCCUAUCGGACUAGGUCGAGCACCAUCUAAACAACCAGAUCCAGCCCCCUCUCUGACACGAACUCCUCCCAGCUUUGGCAGGACAAGAAAUGGAAAGUUGGCUGCUGUCCCUUCUAGCAAAGUAUUCCAUCAUUCAUCUUCCGUGGAUCACUCUCCAACUAAAGCCCUCCAUCCACACAAUCCCUUGAAGCCUUCGGGUAUCUCAGUUGCACCCACUGCAUCAUCUUUUGGAGCCCCUGAAAAGAAUUGGAUGCAUGGUCCUGCAUCCUCACCUUCACACUCAUUUCAUAAGCAUCAUUACGCAAGGAAAAAUUUCAGAAACUCUGCUCCCGAACCCUCUUAUUCGAUUCAUCAACCCGCUCACAGCAAGCAAGUUCCUGCAGUCUCCCCUUCUCAAUAUUCCACUACGAGCUGGGUUUCACCCGUACCAUCACCUGCUGAUCCAUCAAGGCAUUUUCAUAAAGUGCCCAUUCUUCAACCUGCAAUUUCUCCUAUUGCUUCUUCCCUGAAGAAGAUGAAGGCUCCACCACCUUCAGUGGUUAUGGCACUACCACCUCCACCUCCUAAUAAAGAUUGUACGUCAGUGACAUGCACCGAGCCCCUAACAUAUACUCCUCCUGGAUCACCUUGUGGUUGUGUCUGGCCAAUUCAAAUUAAGCUUCAGCUUGGUGUUGCGAUAUACACAUUUUUUCCUUUGGUUUCAGAACUGGCUCAGGAAAUUGCUGCUAGUGUAAGAUUAAACCACAGCCAAGUUCGCAUUAUGGGAGCAAAUGCAGCUAGUCAGGAGCUAGAGAAAAGUACCGUUCUCAUUAACUUGGUACCAUGGGAAGUAAAAUUUGACUAUACAACCGCAUUACUAAUCUAUAAGAAAUUUUGGAACAGACAGGUCUUCAUAAAGGCCUCCCUUUUUGGUCCCUAUGAAGUGUUAUACGUUCACUAUCCAGGUCUUCCACCCUCCCCACCUGCAGCAAGUUCCAGUGUGUCUGCUAUAGAUGAUGACCCAUACUCUAGCCGUAACAAUCAUGGGCAAGCAGUAAAACCUUUAGGAGUUGAUGUGCCUAAGAAGAAGGGAGAUGGGCUUACACGAAGCAUGAUAGCUGUGAUUAUUCUGUCAUCUUUUUCAGCUUUUGUUGUAUGCUUGGGGAUUGUUUGGCUUGUUCUUUUGAAAUAUGGAGCUUGCAUCAAAGAACCAGAACAUGUACCCCAAGCUAUAACAUUUUCUCCAGCAAAACCAUCAGGGGCUGCUAGGGCUGUGAUGCAAGGAAGCAUGUCAAGUGCUGCAUCAAUGUCCAUUAGUUCUAGUGGGAUGACAUAUACAGGAUUGGCAAAGAACUUCACUAUAAAUGAUAUUGAAAGAGCUACCAAUAACUUUGAUGCUUCCCGGGUGAUUGGUGAAGGAGGUUUUGGCAUUGUCUACAGAGGUAUUUUAGAUGAUGGAGCUGCAGUGGCUAUGAAGGUUCUGAAGAGGGAGAAUCAACGUGGAGGACAAGGAUUCUUGGCAGAAGUGGAGAUGCUUAGCCGCUUGCACCACAGAAAUCUGGUUAAACUGAUUGGUAUUUGCACUGAAGAUAAUACACGUUGUCUUGUCUAUGAACUUGUUCCAAAUGGAAGUCUUGAAUCCCAUUUACAUGGAGCUGACAAGGAAACUGAUCCCCUUGACUGGGGUGCUCGAACGAAGAUUGCUCUUGGUGCAGCUCGAGGCUUAGCUUAUUUACAUGAAGACUCCAGCCCCCGGGUUAUACACCGAGACUUCAAGUCCAGCAACAUCUUGCUGGAACAUGAUUUUACUCCUAAAGUUUCAGAUUUUGGAUUGGCUAGAACAGCAUUAGAUGAAGGGAACAAAUACAUCUCAACACAUGUAAUGGGCACAUUUGGUUACUUGGCUCCAGAGUAUGCAAUGACUGGUCACCUUCUUGUCAAAAGUGAUGUAUAUAGUUACGGUGUGGUUCUACUCGAGCUCUUAACAGGGAGGAAACCUGUGGAUUUGUCACAGCCCCCAGGUCAAGAAAAUCUUGUUGCAUUGGCUCGUCCACUCCUCACAGCUAAGGAAGGUUUAGAAACAGUCAUUGAUCCAGCUAUAAAAUCUGAUAUCUCAUUUGAUAGCAUUGCCAAGGUAGCAGCAAUUGCGUCAAUGUGUGUGCAGCCCGAAGUAUCUCAUCGUCCUUUUAUGGGUGAAGUUGUUCAAGCAUUAAAGCUAGUGUGUAAUGAAUUUGAUGAGAAAAAGGAGGUAGAAUCAAAAGUUGGAAUCCAGGAGGAUUUUCCUACCACUGUAGAUAGUAAGGUUAGUAGACUUUCAAGUGAGGUUGUGGAAGCUUCAGAGACCUAUCACCCUGCACCGGGCUAUGUUUUUAGUCAUGAGAGCAAUAUAGCACUGUCAGCAUCAGAUUUUUUAGGAGUCCCGCUAGGACUUGAGGAGCAGGAACCUGGGUCCUUCAGAAGGCACUCAUGUUCUGGCCCUCUAGGAACAGGAAGUAGAAGGCACUUCUGGCAAAGAAUAAGAAGUUUAUCAAGAGGCAGUCGAAGUGAGCACGGAUUUUCUGUCAAAUUUUGGCCAGGGUCUUACUAAAAUUUUGCUAAAAGCCUUGUCAUUAAAGUGAUAAUAACUUCCAUGAGAAAUUAGAGUUGGUUUUCUUGAACAAGAACUGGGAAAUUUACUGAAUGCAGACCGAUUGAUGCUUAAAAUCUGUCAUAUGCAUCACAUGAAAAGUUUUGAAAUGUUCUUCCUUGUCAUGAAAUUUUAAAAAAUUUUGGUUUUUAUCAAUGCUAGGAAUACCAAUAAUAACUGAUUAACUGGCAUAUAAUGAAGAAUCAAAUAUGACAUCAAUUCAGAGGCUCACUGCGUGACUUUAUUGAAUGCCUUGGAUCGCGGAAGAAA